AUGUCUAUUAUCAACAAAUUGAAUGUUGAAAUCACCACCUUCUUCUUGGUUGGGAUGCCAGGGCUGGAAUACGCACACAUCUGGAUCUCUAUCCCCAUCUGCAGCAUGUAUCUUUUUGCUAUUCUGGGAAACUGCACCAUCCUUUUUGUCAUCAAGACAGAGCCCUCCUUGCAUGAGCCCAUGUACUACUUCCUUUCCAUGUUGGCCAUGUCUGACAUGGGCUUGUCCUUCUCUUCUCUACCCACCAUGGGGAGGAUCUUCUUAUUCAAUGUCCCUGAAGUUUCUGCUAAUGCCUGCUUUGCCCAGGAAUUCUUCAUCCAUGGAUUCACAGCAGUGGAAUCUUCAGUGCUCCUGAUCAUGUCAUUUGACCGCCUCCUAGCCAUUCACAGCCCUCUCAGAUACAGUUCCAUUCUGACUCCUGUCAGAGUUGCAAAAAUAGGAAUAGUAUUAUUCCUUAAGAGUGUCCUUCUAGUGCUGCCCUUCCUCUUCACUCUCAGAAGAUUGAAAUAUUGUAGUAAAAGCCAAUUAUCCCAUUCCUACUGUCUCCACCAGGAUGUCAUGAAGUUAGCCUGCUCUGACAACCGAAUUGAUGUCAUCUAUGGCUUUUUAUGAGCACUCUGCCUUAUGGUAGACUUUAUGCUCAUUGCUGUGUCUUAUGUCCUGAUCCUCAAGACUGUGCUGGGAAUUGCAUCCCAAAAGGAGCAACUCAAGGCCCUCAAUACUUGUGUUUCACACAUCUGUGCAGUGAUCAUCUUCUAUCUUCCCAUCAUCAACUUGGCCAUUGUCCAUUGCUUUGUCAGACAUGUCUCACCUCUCUUCAUGGCAAAUAUUCUUUUACUUGUGCCUCCAAUGAUGAAUCCCAUUGUGUACUGCAUAAAAACCAGGCAAAUUAGAGUGAGAGUUCUAGCAAAAUUGUGUCAGAAGCAGACACAACAGUGA